GUGGUGUGUACAGGCGUGUUUGAACGCAGACAGUGAGUGCGUAAUCUGAUUAAGCGCGUCUCAAUCUCUUGUUUCCUAAGAUGUGCAGCAUGAGCCGCUUUCAUACAUGGAGCAUCGCGAUUGUAGCUGGCGUCAUCAUUUUAGAAUGUGGCGGCUUUUCACAGGGUCACCAGUGCUGGCCUGAAGUACCUGUUAACGAUACAGACUGCAAAGCUUUCAGGAACUUCUGCUACAUCUUCGACAUGUACCCUCACAACCGCACGGUGGUGCUGGUGCUGGACAUGAGGCGCCAUGUCCCAGACCUGCUUGUGCGCAUGCGUAGUGCCGACUGCGACUUCCGCUGCCGCGAGGCCUCGGCAGCAUCCUGCAACGUCACCGAGCAGGCCCUCAGUGAGCCCACCCGUACCGGGUAUCACGAAAAGAAUUUUGUGCAGCAGUACUACGCGUUCCAGAUCAUUACUGGCAACAGAUUUUGCGCAACGGUGUCGCUAAGCAGAUGCAACAAAUUCUUCAACGUGAUCCACACCAUUACUGAUAAAUUUGGAGAGGACGGGGACUCCCCUCCAGUGCCGGUGCCGGACAGGAGACAGCCCAUUGCACUGAUCGUUCUCUGCACAUCACUGGCCAUCACUACGAUACUCGUAAUGGCUGGCUACUGCAUCAAAACACGGCUGCUGUGCAGCCUGUCGUUGGGAGGAACAGUCCCGCUGGAGCUGAAAUCGUCGGACACGUCGUGUCUGCUGCCGCAAGCCGCUCCCCCUACGUCCGCCAUCCUCCUGCUGUACUCCCGGGACAGCGACGCCUUCGUGCGGCUCAUGGAGGCCUUCCGGGAACUGCUGACUGCCCUCACCGGCCUCGAGGUGCUGGACCCGCUGGACAGCAGGCGGCUGGAGGAGGUGUUCCCCGCGCCGGUGGGCUGGCUGUGGCGGCAGCUGCGGCGGCAGGACGUCAGGGUGGUGGUGGUGGUGUCUGCGGGCGCGCUGGCCCGCCAGCGGCGGCUGCUCGGGCAGCGAACCCAGGACCCCGCAGCAGCAGCCGCAGCCGCGCCGCACCCGCUCGACUACCUCUUCACGCUCGCGCUGCGUGACAUGCAGGACGAUUACCGGCUCGGAGGAGACUACAGGAGGGUCUACAAAGUCAGGUUUGAGGAUGUCACGACGACAACUGAAACUCUAUCUCACAUUGUCCCUAUGCGGGAAUUUUGUCUAAUGAGACACAUUGGUCGCCUCGUCCAUGAAAUAAGAGGGGAGAUAUACCCACCAGAUGCCGAUGAUGUCACCCAUAGUCAGGAGCUGCUGACGAAUGUUCCUGAAGUGGACAGCCUGUUCGUGAUACUACAGGAGAUAACAGGAUGACUGGAAGUCAACAGCAUAGCUUCAUCCAAAGAGUAUUCCAUAUUUGGUGCUCAGUAACUUUCCUUUGCUGGGAGACAAAUGGUGGUAACACAUCAGUUAAUUGUAUAAAGCCCCCUUAGAUAUUUUGUAUUUAUGGUAAAGUCUUAAUGCAAUCUAGGGUUAUCCACUAAUUUUACAACAUAUAUGAUGUUGUUCUAAUGUAACAUAAUACAUUAUUACUUGACUGAAGAUGGAAUCAGUGUCCAAGAGUAGCCUCCUUGCUGAAAUUAAAUAUGGUUCAGGGUGGUCUCUCUGUUAAAACUGAAGUUAAUUCUGGAUUAUUGGUAUUGAUACUUUUUGGUGUUAGCGCACUCUUCCAAAUAACAUUUUCAUUUAACACAGAGACAUUUUUAUCUCCACUACGUCAUAACGAUCAAAGUGUAAAUGCACAGUAUCUUAUUGUUCUAAGAGCUUACAAACAGAGACUACCCUGAAGUGAUCAACUGAGCUGGUGGAAUACCUGUAAUGAAUGCCUUUGGUGUGAAUUUUAUGGUGUGAAUAAAUUACAAUUCCUUCUAGAAACAUCCAGAACAUUCUGUAAGCCAAAUUAACUACAAGGUCAUUUCCACUUCUGAGAAUAAAAACAGAUUUGAAUAAAGUUAUAUUUUUUGUGAAACAAAAAAUUUUAGAGAUAUGGUAAAAACAAAAUAUGUUUAUGUGAUUAUGAAAAUAAAUUAACUAUUUUCCCAAAAUAUACCAAGUCACAAGCUUCACAUAAUUAAUCAAAUGGUAUGGGAUCUGUUAUGAAUGAUGUUACAUCAAUUUUAUGACACAGAAAUAAAAACUAGAUCGUAUUUUGUACUUUUUUGUGACAUUUAUAGGAAGAUCAAUUUUCAUAGGCUAAUUGUUAUGUGUUGUACCAACUCUGAAUAGUACAGAAACUUGUCAGAGUGCUAAUGCACCAUGUAAUUGUGGAACAACAUGAAUGACAACAGCUGAAAAAUAAAGAGGUAUUGGAAGGUUCCAUAAUCUGAAGAAGUUACUUUAAAUAUUGGUUUGUAAUAACUGGAAGAUCUUGUGUCAUUUGGAUAGUCUGUACUGUGGGACCAUAAUGAAAGUUCCACUCUUGGCCCUCAGUAACUACUAAGUGUAGUUUGUGCAUUAUCUUGGCCCAAUGCUCCAUGAAUCACUAUUUUCUAAAACCAUACAUGUCUCAACUCAAGAUGUGAAGAAGAGCUGAAUCCUUAACUUUUCUUGGUGUUUCAGAUAUUAUGUACUAUGGAAAUAAUAAUUAUAUGCUAAGGGUACAGAUACAUUGGUUAGUAUUUCAGAUGUUUCACAAACCACCUGUACCCUUAGCAGUUAGUAUAAUUGAGUAAUCUUUCAUAAUUGGCUGUCAGCAAAGUUUAAGCAGGAUUAUUAUCAUUAGUUGAGAUGAUUCUGGGUCUGUUGGGGUUGGAUUUUUAUGUCUGAGGUGCUCCUGGGGUGUCAUACAGUGACGAAAGACACCUUUUAAAUGAGUUUCAGUCAUCACAAGUAGAUGCUCAGGGUCUGCAGCACUGUGCAUCGCACAGUGGAACUGCUCCCUGGUGAAGAUCCUGGAUUUUUGUCAAUAUAAAUCUAAAAUGUAGAGCAAAGAAAAGAGAAAUAUCUAAUGAGAGAAAUCUUUCAGACGAGGUGUUC